AUGAAGAGAGGAUAUCCCUAUUCGCACGGUAAUCUCAAUUUUGGAUAUGAAUAUGAAUAUAGACCUAAAAGUGCAAAAGGAGGUACUGGUGAGCGCGGCGAGAUUGGACCUGAAGGACCUAAAGGAGAUACAGGACCUAAAGGAGAUACAGGUCGUGUGGGACCUGCAGGUCCACCAGGACGAAAAGGAGAUCAGGGCCCUCAAGGGCAAGGACCGCAAGGAGUCCCUGGACCUCCUGGACCUCAGGGAUCCCAGGGACUUCAAGGAUCAAAAGGUGCAAAAGGGGAUCAAGGUCUGCAAGGACCUCCCGGACCUCGAGGACAAGACGGUGCUAUAGGCUCUCAAGGUCUUCGCGGUAUUAAGGGAGAUCCCGGCGCAAAAGGGGAUCGGGGUCCUCCCGGUCAAAAAGGACCCAAGGGAGAUAAGGGGGAUAAAGGACCGCAAGGACCUACGGGACCGCAAGGACAACCAGGCUCUGUUGCGGCGAAAGGCGAUAAGGGUGAUAAGGGUGAUAAAGGUGAUAAGGGCGAUAAGGGUGAUAAAGGCGAUAGAGGUAAUGAGGGAAGUCAGGGGGUACGAGGUCCUCCAGGCCUUGUUGGACCUGCAGGACCUACAGGGCCUAAAGGGGAUGUGGGAAAUUUAAGUUCAGCUGAUAAACGUGAACUUCUAAUGGUAGAUAAGGAUUUCGAGAAAGUAAGUUACGAGGAUGAUAAGGGAGCUAGUAAGGGUAGUUAUGAGACAUUCACAUUUAAUGAUAGUGGAUCGUGGAAACCUGUUGGACGAGGAAAAAUCUAG